AUGACCAGAUACAAACAGCCGAAAAAGUUGGAGAAUCUGGCGUUAAUUAGACUCGGUGAUUGGAUAGCAUUUCAAGCAGAAACACAAAUGGCGUCUGCAGCGAAGCUUGCUCACGAAAGUAUUAGUAAAGCCCAAGUUGUUCUAGUGCAUAACAUCGAUGUUAUUCGUUUUUAUUUAGAUAUCAAUGUUCCAUGGAUGCUCUACGACUCAUUAGCAGUUGAAACAAUUAGGGCGUUAUCAAACUUAUUAGAAAAAACUAAAAACUCAUUGGGGUUUAGAGGUUCUAUGGGAAAAUUUGUCACACAAAUGAACGUCAUAGUAAAAAUGUCUGAGGUACUUUUUACCAAAAAUUUAACAUACCUGUCUAUAGAUAAAAUUCCAAAAAUGAUUCGGUCAGUUUUUUAUUCUAAAUUACAUAUGCUUACAGGACUCGUGUACUUAAAUUUAGGUUCACUUUCAGGGGGAUGGAAAACUGCAGAUAUGGAAGGUGCUAUUAUCGAAUCACUAAAGGAAUUACAUUGUCUUAAAUAUCUUUCUAUUAACUAUGACUGCACUGAUAACAUUUUGAUAUGCAUUGUAAAAAAUUGCCCCCUUAUCGAGAAACUAGACGUCUCAUCUUCAAAAUGUAUAUCGAAUGAGAGCAUUGAUAUAAUUUGUAAUCUGAGGAAAUUGAGAAGCGUUCAGCUCUAUAGGACAUCAAUUACUUGGUCUGGCUUUGCAAAUUUACUUCUGAACUGCGAUAAUUUGGAAGACGUAGGUAGAUGUGACGAAAUUGGAAGAGUUUUAGAAUUUAUACGUAAGAUGGAAAUAGGACUUAAGCAACUUAAGCUAAAAACAUACGUGAGUCGUUACGCAACAGACAACCACUUACAAUUGGCUGUUCAAAUGUGUCCCUUUAUUCGUAGCAUGACAGUUUUUCAUAAUACUUUGCAAAGCGAUCUAAUGGUAUUAAUAGGCUUAGAACACCUCUGUGAUCUAAAAUUACUCUCGUGUGACUUUUAUGCGGAUCAAAUUAAACAAGUACUUCAAGUAAAGGGGUGUAAUAUUAUAAAUUUACAUCUUGAGCACGUCGAUCAAAUUGAUUUGAAUGCUUUAAUGUACAUUAGUCAGAUGUGUCCACUACUUGAAAAUUUAACGCUUUAUAAUUGUACUCUGAUACAACACACUUCCCUGUAUACAAGAAAGUUGGAAAUACUACCUUUCAGAAAUUUAAAAAGAUUAACUUGUGUAAGUACAUGUACAGAUGAACAAUUGCUAUUUUUACUGACGAAUUGUUUAAAUGUCGAAUUUAUUCAUAUUGGUACAGCUGUACAAUUUACUGACGAUUUCAUGUUUAAAAUAUUAGACAAAAAUCCACUAAUACACUUAAGGGAAUUACGUAUUAUGCAAUCAGAUUUCAUGACUGUGACUUCUGUGGAAAGAAUAAUACAAAGUUGUAUGAAUCUAGAAAUAUUAGUAGAGCUAGAAAGUUGGACUCUAUUAACGGAUACUGAUCGCGAGUUUAUAAGGAAUUUUAUUAAAAUUAACAAUUUUAAUGUUGAUACUAGCCCUAUAAGAAGAUACGAUGCAUGA